CCAAUGAGACGCGUGGGUUGUGAGAUUGCGGCGGCUGUCGAGUAGGCGUGCCCUGUGAAUGGCCGCCACGAGAAUCGAGCUGAGUGCGAGCGCCAGGCGGGGACAGAGGCCGACGGAGGGAUGGUCGGGUGGGAGAAAGGGCUCCGAAUCCACUUUGAGCCGGGGAGUUGCUGGCUGCAGGAGGAGGAUGUUGAUGUUCCAAAUAGACGUGUUCUUAUUACUGGUGCCACUGGGCUUCUUGGCAGAUCUGUGUAUAAGGAAUUUAAAGGAAAUAAUUGGAAUGCUGUUGGUUGUGGGUACAGUAGAGCCCGACCAGUGUUUGAGCAAGUUAAUCUUCUAGAUACCGCUGCUGUUCAUAACGUCAUCCAGGAUUUUCAGCCUCAUGCGAUUAUACAUUGUGCAGCUGAGAGAAGGCCAGAUGUUGUAGACAGUCAACCAGAUGUUGCUUCUCAGCUCAAUGUGGCUGCUUCAGGGAACGUAGCAAAAGAAGCAGCUCAGGUAGGAGCAUUUUUGAUCUACAUUAGUACAGAUUAUGUAUUUGAUGGAACAAAUCCUCCCUAUAAAGAGAAUGAUGCACCAAAUCCCCUAAAUCUCUAUGGCAAAACUAAACUAGAGGGGGAAAAGGCAGUUCUAGCAAAUAAUGAAGGUGCUGCUGUGCUUAGGAUUCCUAUUUUAUAUGGAGAAGUUGAAAGUUUGGAAGAGAGUGCUGUGACAAUUAUGUUUGAUAAAGUGCAAUUCAAUAAUAAAUCUGCCAAUAUGGACCACUGGCAGCAGAGGUUUCCUACCUAUGUCAAGGAUGUUGCCAGUAUUUGCCGACAGCUAGCAGAGAAGAGAAUGCUGGAUCCAUCCAUAAAAGGGACAUUCCAUUGGUCUGGUAAUGAGCAGAUGACUAAAUUUGAAAUGGCGUGUGCUAUGGCAGAUGCUUUCAACCUUCCCAGUAGCCACUUAAGACCAAUUACAGAUAGCCCAGUAGUGGGUGCUCCUCGUCCCAGGAAUGCUCAGCUUGACUGUUCUAAACUACAGAUGUUGGGCAUUGGGCAGCAAACUCCAUUUCGCAUUGGGAUCAAGGAAUCACUUUGGCCUUUCCUUACUGACAAGAGGUGGAGACAGACUGUCUUCCAUUAGUUUGAAAAUAUUUUAGUAUAUGUACGGUAUGAGGCACUUUUUUUAAAGGGGGGGAAAACUAAUAGUUUUGUAUUGAGUGCUCUAUGUUGCAAGUUUAAUUCAAUCAGGUAAAAAAAUGGUCUUGCACUAGUGAAAUUGUAAGAUAUGUUGGCAAAAAAGAACCUUGUUUGAAGUCGGUGUUUCUUUCUAUUCUGUCACUGGUUUACUUUAAAUAUUUAGCAAUCUAAGAUUACUACAGCCAUCAGUAACGGUUGAGAUGAGGUUCUCUUUUCUGAAAUAUACAGUCGUCUUAUGUGUCUGCAAUUGCUCAAAAAUCUCUCUUUACAUUUAUUUCUCUUAAUUGCCAAAAGAAUUAGAAUAAAGCACAGGAUUUUUGUGUUUCUUUUUUGUUAAGCUAUUCUGAUGUGAUUGAAAUGGAAGUGAAAAGCUUUGGAGUUUGCUUUGCCUUUACUACAAUCAAAAUCUUCUAAAGUAACACUUUAUUUUUGCAAUUAAUAUAUAGCUUUGAUGCCGGAAAGAUGUUCUGUAUUUUGAAAUUUCUGCUGCUUUCUUACAUUUGUACGAUACAGUUCACAUACCUUUCUCACACAUGCAUGCUCUUAUGAGCGUACUGAUUCCUUAGUUUGCAGUUCAGGCAUGAAAUAUAAACAUUCUCCCUGUCUUUUUCUUGCUGAUGUUUCUGAGAAUACAGGGGGGGGAAAUAGAUCUUCUAAUUAAUCAACUAGUUUACAUAUCAUAUUAGCAUUGCCAUUGUUUCUGUUGGAAAGAGAGCUAUAACAAUAGAAUUAUCCCUAGUUGUUCCUUCUCCAUUUCAUAUAUGCAAAUAGGGUGGCUCCAUUAGGUGUUUGUACCAGUCAACUACUGAGGAGAAAAUGCUAUGCUUACCAUUGAGAAAGUUUUAAACUGUUAAUGCUGUUUGGCAUGAAUCUCCAGCUUAAAUGGCAAGUUGUCUUUGUUUGUGUAAAUUUUGUGUUCUCACUUCAAUAAAGUGUUGGAGUUUAUGUGUUGCAAACAAGCUUUGUACCCAAACAAAACAAACCAGGCAGCUUGUGCCAAUCAUAUAUUGCCUGUCUUCUCUUCCCCCCACCUCCACGCCCUGACCUUCCAAGGUAAAACAUUCAUAAAAAGACCACAAAUUUUGAGUGGUGGAGCAAGGGAGAGGGUGUCCUUCUAAAUAUGUCCGGACAGCAGCAUUCAGAUUCAUAAGACAUCUUGAAACCAUUCUUACUCCCAUUCUUUUCUCAAAAGGACAUACCCUAACUUGUUUGUCUUAGUCUGAAAUCUUGAUAUGCACUUGGUAAGUUAUAAAUGCAAAAUUACAUUAAAGAUGUAUUACUGGCAUGGUA